AUGUUGAUUCGGAUACUACUGAUUAAUGGCUGCUUAUGCGCAAUUGUAAAUUGUGUGGACUUGCAUAUUGGAGGCGUUUUUCCGAUGGAAGCGGGUUCGGGUGGAUGGGCUGGUGGUGAAGCGUGUCUACCGGCCGUUCAGAUCGCCCUUCAGGAUGUAAAUGCCAAUACCAAUAUUUUACCGGGUUAUGUGUUGAAAUUGCAUUAUCAUGAUAGUAAGUGUCAGCCGGGUCUAGCAGCAAAGCAAAUGUACGAAUUGUUAUAUAAAGCUCCGACAAAGUUGAUGUUACUAGCUGGUUGUAGCCCGGUUACGACUGUUUUUGCGGAAGCGGCUCCAGUCUGGAAUCUCGUUGUGCUUUCUUAUGGCGGUAGUUCUCCAGCACUCUCCAACAGGCAUCGUUUUCCGACACUUUUUAGAACUCAUCCCACUGCAAAUAUGCAAAAUCCAACAAGGGUAAAACUUUUCCAAAAAUUUAAAUGGAAGAAAAUAACGAUUUUGCAAUCAGUUGAAGAAGUAUUCACAUCGACAGCUAAGGAUCUUGAAGAGCAAUGCAGGGAGAAGGGUAUUCGAGUUGAACGGCAAAGUUUUUACGGUGAUCCAUCUGAUGCUGUAAAAACCUUGGUACGUCAAGAUGCUCGGAUUAUUGUUGGUCUGUUUUACGUUACUGAGGCUCGUCGUGUACUCUGUCAGGCCUAUAAACAUGAUCUUUAUGGUAGAAAAUAUGUUUGGUUUUUCAUUGGUUGGUAUGCUGAUACGUGGUUCAUUCCACCAACUGAUGAGCCACUUAAUUGCACUGCCGAACAAAUGAUCAAAGCAGCACAGUAUCACAUCACAACGGAAAGUAUAAUGUUAAGUAGAGACGAAGAACUGACAAUUUCUGGAAUGACUGGUAAGCAGUUCCAGAAACGACUAAUGAGUAUGCUUACUACUGAUCCAGCUGAAACUGGUGGUUUUCCAGAAGCUCCCCUAGCUUAUGACGCUGUCUGGGCAGUUGCAUUGGCUUUCAAUUGCACACUAUCAAAACUUCAAGCAGGGCAAAGCCUUGAGAAUUUCGCUUAUAAUAAUACAAGCAUUGCAGAAAAAUUAUUCAAUUGCGUUAAAGGCACGCAAUUUCGGGGUGUUUCAGGCCAGGUUAUGUUCAACGAUCUCGGCGAUCGCAUCGCACGAACACAGAUCGAACAAUUGCAAGAUGGAAAAUACCAAAUGCUGGGUAUUUACGAUACAACGACACUUAAUAUGAACUGGUAUGAUAAGGAAAAAUUUUCAACAAUGAAUGGAUUACCUCCUCCGGAUUCGACUCUUAUACAAGAAUGGCUUCUUACUGUUGAUCUAGGGUUAUAUUAUGCAGUUGCGUUAUUGGCAGUAAUCGGGAUCUUUCUUGCAUGUAUCAUAUUCAUAUUUAACGUCAGGAACUCUGAUAGGAUGAUAAUAAUGGAAUCUCAACCGCAGUGUAACAAUGUACUUCUAGUUGGAUGUAUACUUUGCUGCCUGAGCCUGUUGUUAUUAGGCCUACCAGCACGUGGAAUCACUGUUCCAAAGCAUUCAUUCACACUACUUUGUCAUUCACAAAUAUCACUUUUAAUGGUUGGUUUCACGUUUGCUUAUGGGUCGAUGUUUGCCAAAGUCUGGGUUGUUCAUCGAUUAGGCACAGCAGAAAAUCAACAUCUCAUUUCCAUGCCAACUACUGGCCAGCCAGUACCUGCAUGCAAAUUUUAUCUCGUAAUUACUGCGUUUUUUGUGGUUGAUGUAAUCAUAAUAAUUUGUUGGUUUGCACUUGAUCCAAUUCAAAGAGUCGAGCAACGGUUUCCACUACAAGAACCACCGAUUGGAACUGAGGAAGACAUUAUGCUUCUACCGAUCCUUGAACUCUGUCAAAGUAGACGACAUGAAGUGUGGACAGGUUUGGUAAUGGGUUAUAAAUGCUUACUAUUGGUGCUUGGUUUUUUCCUUGCAUAUGAAACGCGUAAUUUAAAACCUCUUUUUGUAAACGAUUUACGCUUCGUUGGUUUGGCUAUAUAUAAUGUUACCAUAUUAUCUUUAAUAACUGGACCAAUUGUCACUUUUCUUAUUCGAUCUCAAUCCGAUGCGAAUUUUGCUUUUACUAGCAUUACUGUUUUAUUGAGUACAUAUAUAACGCUUGGUCUAAUAUUUUUGCCAAAAAUUGUUCAUAUACGUCGAAUACCUAAAAGUGGUGAGAAAAAUGAUGGUAAUAAACCACUAUAUCAUCCAGAUGUUGCCGGGAUGGAGCAAAAACGAUGUCAACAACUUGUUCAUGAAAACGCUGAUCUGAAGUGUCAAAUAGAGCAUAAGGAAAAAAAAAUCGCGGAUUAUCGGCGGCGUUUAGGGAAACAUAUUCAGGAAACAAUUGGUAUUCCACUUCGUGAACAUAUAUGUAGCAGCACUAGCGAUGAAAAUAUGACACACUCAUUUCCAAGUGCACUGACAACAACUGCCUUGAUCGAAAAUUUGCCAAGUGAACAUACGGAUAAAUACAACAGUAAUUUCGAAGAAGUGGAAAACGAAGACACGUCGUCAACGUUCAGCGAAUUAUUUUUGUAA